AUGAGUAGAUUCUCUAUUUUAUCAAAUGAUAUGGAUAAGGUACAUUCUGUCUUAGGAACAAGUCUCUGGUUAGGAAGUUUGAAAGCAGCCAAGAAUUCUUGUCUUUUAAGAUAAAAUAAUAUCAAGACUGUAAUCACAGUAGCCAAUAAUAUCACACUUAAAUUAGAGAAUUUUAAGCAUCAUGUAAACAAUAAUUUUAUUAUAGAUUUUUAGUAUUGAAGAUAGUGCUUCUUUUCGUAUAAUUGAUUAUUUCUAACAAAUAAAUGAAGUUAUAGAUGAAGGAUUAAGAAAUGGUUCAGUUUUGGUACAUUGUGUAGCAGGUGUUUCUAGAUCAAGUGCAUGUGUGAUAGCUUAUUUGAUGUAGUCUUAAAGAUGGUCAUAUGAAAAAACAUAUUACUAUGUAAAAGAAAAACGAUUAACAAUAAACCCUAAUCCAGGAUUCAAGAAAUAAUUAAUUCAAUAUAGCAAUAAAUUAGAAUAUUAUCAAAAGACUAAGAGUUCAAAUGAAUCAACUCAAUCUAGUAAAUAAUUACCUUCUCCUAGAAAUAUGUAUAUUAAUUAAAUUUUAUUAACAUUAGACAUAAAUCUCCAUAGGAUUUUAUCAUGUAAUUAUUGAAAAAUAACAUUAAAUCACCAAAUAGAAAGAUUGAAUAAUUAGAUUAAUCUUCAACUAUGGAGGAUAAAGAAAUAUAUAGAUUUUAAUUAGCAUAAAAAUUGUUUGCUAAGAGUCUUAAGAAUAAUAAUAAAAAACCUGUUUUCAAAUUUUCUGACCAAUUAUAAACUAAUUCACAAACUGCCAAGUAUAGUAUCUAUAAUACCAUUGAUUACUUUCCAUAAACUGAUAGACUUUUUUGA